GUACGAAAAGAUGGGCCGCCGACGAGCCUCAGGGAGGCAGCUUCUUGCCGAGCCCCGGGGGCCCGCGUGCGGGGCGAUCUUUGCCGCUGCCCGCUCGGUGCGGCGCCGGGGUGAGGGGCAGACCAGGCGAAGACUGGCGCGCGCAAAUUCGCAGGCCCACAGCCGAGCGGGGCGGGCAUCUUUUGGAAGGACCCGCCGAAACUUUCGGGGGUGGCGGGCUCGUUUUGGUCCUGCAGCAGGAUCGAGGGAGAUGCCCAAGGCGGUGGCGGUGGCUUUGGCGAAGUUGCCGGAGCCGCGGCGGGGCAUGUUGAAUGUAAUAAAAGGCUCGGCGCGCGUCUAUGGCGCGCCGGAAUCGUGGGGCAAUUUUUCUCGUGCGGGUGAUUCCGCAGGGGACCGGGCGACAAAUCCCAAACGAACUAGACUGCUGCGAGCACCUGCGCAAGUUGGUAGCAGUGGGGCAAGGAGGGGGAGAACAGUCGCCAGGGUGUCGCGCAUUGCGCGCGAUGCGGAGAGGAGCCCUGGAUUAGUGCCCGCGU